AUGGGCAAGAGGAAGCUGCCCUCUGAUCACAGCCAGACCCACCCUCCCCCUUUCUCUCCUCAUCCUUCGGAUCUUGCAGACAUCAUGCCAUGUUCUUCGGGAAUGGAAUUACUGUCACAAGAGAAACCUUUGCAUUCUGUUGAUUCUGGCGAACAACUAAAGUCCCUGUCAUCUGUACUGGACUCUACGGAUAGUUCUUUGAAGCUGCUAAACGCCCACCCUUCUGUUGCACAGCAGCAUCAUCCAAGCCUUGGCCGAUCAACCUUCUUUAAACGCUCACGUCAUCACUAUGCCCAUCAAUACUCUCGGCGUAACUCAGGCAAUCUUGCUAACACAUCAACUUCUCGUGGAAAAGGAGUACCUUUACGUGAUGAUAAGCUCUCUUAUAAGUUGGCUACUCAAAGCAACUCCGAGUCCAGACGUCAUUCAGAAAUUAGGGAAAACCCCUUUCUUCGGCAACCCAGAAUUAGGUCUAGUUACUUGACAACCGAUGCUGCAUCACCUGAUCCGGGGAAGAUGGUAUGUGAGAUUUGUGAGAAGCUGUUGAGGCGUAAACCUUUCUUACUUGGUAGCACGCUGUCUUCCACUGAAGUCUCUGUUGUCGCGGUUUUAGGUUGCGGCCAUGCUUAUCAUGCAGAUUGUUUGGAGCAGAAAACAAGUUUUGAAGAUAGACGCGACCCGCACUGUCCGUUGUGUCUUGGAUUGUUGCCCAAGGUUGAAGAUUCAAGAGAGCAGGUCUAG